AGCCACUGCCAGUACUAAAAAUCUACAAUAUACGUUACGUAAACUGUAGAUUUUCAGUACUGGCAGUGAAUUUCGGAACACAGUCUUGAUUUCUACUUCAAUUGCUAUUUAGCUGGUUGCAUCUGCAAAUUGUAAAAAUCAUAUUGCGUUGGAAUUUCGAGAGAAAGAUGGAGAUGGAUGUUGCAAAUGAAGAAAAUAACGAAAAAGCGUUUCGAAAAGCGUCAAACGAAAUUGAAGAAGAGACAAUGACGAGUGAAACGGAAGAGAAAAUUAUCGAGAAGAUGGAUGAUGAGAGUGAAUUUGACAGCGACGACGAGGAGAAUGUUGAUGAAGCGGAAGUGAAAUCUUUACAGGCUUCUUUGACAGAAAAUGCAUACGACUAUGUCAGUCACGUAACCCUGAUCAACAAGUUGCAGACAAUGGGCGAGUUGGAUCGCCUGCGAAUUGCUAGAGAUAAUAUGAGCAAUUUGUAUCCGUUGAGUCCUGAACUUUGGCUUUCUUGGAUGCGUGAUGAGAUCAAGUUAGCGAUCACAGGGGAGCAGAAGACUGAAAUAGUAAAAUUAUGCGAGAGAGCUGUCAAAGAUUAUGCGUCUGUGGAAGUAUGGUUGGAAUAUUUGCAGUUUACUAUUGGAAAUAUGGGGACAGGAAAAGAUGCAAUUAAUAAUGUUCGUCAACUUUUUGAACGUGCACUAACUGCUAUUGGAUUGCAUACUGUCAAAGGUGCAAUAAUAUGGGAAGCUUUUCGAGAAUUUGAAAUUGUUUUAUUUGCAUCGAUUGAUACUGUAAAUGUAGCAGAAAAGAAAGAACAAUUGGGAUGUAUUGGUAACUUAUUUCGACGUCAAUUAGCAUGUCCUCUAUUGGACAUGGAUAAAACAUAUGAAGAAUUCCAAUCAUGGCGGGUGGGAGAUGGUGCGGAAGCAGUUAUCGAUGACAAUAUCGUUUUGAGAGGAUAUGAAGAAGCUUUUGCAAAAUUAAACUUACUUCUUCCUUAUGAAGAAAAACUCAUCUCCGCACAAGGUGAAAGCGAGCUUCUCGAUGCUUAUAAAGGAUAUUUACUAUAUGAAAAACAGCAACACGAUCCAGGACGUAUUAUAAUUCUAUAUGAAAGAGCAAUAACUGAUCUGAGCUUAGAGGUUUCAAUUUGGUAUGAUUAUCUUACUUAUCUGGAAGAUACAAUAAAGAUUGAAUCCGUGAUAGAUCUGGUUUAUCAAAGAGCGUCGAGGAAUAUUCCAUGGUGCUCAAGAAUUUGGCAAAAAUGGAUAAGAUUGUAUGAAAAAUGGGAAAGAUCUAUAUUAGAAACACAAAAAUUGUUGGAGGACGCUUUAUCUGUUGGUUUCUCAACAGCGGAAGAAUAUCGAAAUUUGUGGAUUACAUAUCUAGAAUAUUUGCGACGUAGAAUUGGGCAAUGUUCUGAUGAAGUAGAAGAAGAAAAACGUUUAGAAGUAAUUCGUAAUACAUUCAAUAGAGCAUGCGAAUAUUUGGCUAAGUAUUUUGGAUUAGAUGGCGAUCCCAAUUGCACCAUUUUGCAGUUCUGGGCAAGAACUGAAGCAAUCCAUGCGAAUAAUAUGGAAAAGGCUAGAAUAUUGUGGGCUGAUAUCCUUUCACAAGGACAUUCUGCAACAGCUUCUUAUUGGUUAGAAUAUAUAUCGUUAGAAAGAUGUUAUGGAGAUACAAAGCAUUUAAGGAAAUUGUUACAGAAAGCCUUGUCUUCUGUAAAAGAUUGGCCAGAAAGUAUAGCAAAUGCAUGGAUAGAUUUUGAACGUGAUGAAGGAACUCUAAAACACAUAGAAUUCUGUGAGGCAAAAACGAAAGAGAAGCUUAAUAAAGUUAUGGAGGACAGGCAAAAGGCGCAACAAGCUCCCUUCAGUGAGUCAUCUAUGCAAAAUAAAAAAGCAAAUAAAAGAAAAUUGAUACCUGAUGAUAUUGGCAAAUGGAAAGAUUUGGGAACUUUUUCGUCAAAAAUUGUGAAAACUGAUGUGAAAGUAAAACCAAAAUUAUGGAAGGGUCAUUUAAAUAUUGGCGGUAGAAUCACGAAUGACACAAAUCAAGAGGAAUCAAAACAAAAAAUUGCACCACCACCUGGUUUCAAAUCAACAGAAGAUAAAGAUACAGACGAUAAAGAUACUCGGCAUGAAAUAGAUAAUAACGUUACAGUUUUUGUCAGUAAUUUAGAUUAUACAGCGACUGAAGACGAAAUAAAAACAGCUCUGAAGUCAGUUAAUCCGAUAACAUUAUUCAAAAUGAUCAAGGAUUACAAAGGGCGUAGCAAAGGAUAUUGCUAUGUACAGUUGAGCAAUGUAGAAGCUGUAGAAGAAGCUUUAAAAUUAGAUAGAACGCCCAUAAAUGGACGUCCCAUGUUCAUUUCUAGAUGCGAUCCUAACAAGAGUACCAGAAGUUCCGGAUUCAAGUACAACUCUACACUUGAAAAGAAUAAACUUUUUGUUAAGGGACUUUCGCUUGUGACAACAAAAGAGCAACUUGAGGAAAUAUUUAAAGUUCAUGGAGAUUUGAAAGAAGUUCGUCUGGUUACUUACCGCAAUGGACACUCAAAGGGUUUGGCUUAUGUUGAGUACCACGACGAAGCAACCGCUGCAAAAGCCCUUUUAAGUACGGAUGGUAUGAAGAUUCAGGACAAAGUGAUCAGUGUUGCAAUAAGUCAACCACCUGAUCGCAAGAAAGGUCAAAUGAUGGAAGAAGCCACAGGACAAGUCAGGUCAUUAGGCGGAACAAUAACGAGCCGUACAGCGUUUGGAGUACCUAAGACUUUGCUAUCUAUGAUACCUCGUAAUAUUAAAACGAAUAACGGUAAUAGCAGUGCAGCUUCGAAUGGAAAUGGAAACGGACAAUCAAUGAAUAAUCAAGAUUUUAGAAAUAUGUUUCUCAAUAAAAAGUAACUUUACUACUCUC